GCAAAUGAGAUUUGGCGCCGAACACCGGUAAUCACAUUUUAUUGGCGCUUGGCGUACACUAGGUAUAAUAACCCACAGGAAACGGAUAAAACAUUUAGUUCCUCACAUGCAAUCUACAUCAAAGACUGCAAUGCCUUAAGAAUACUGCAAUAUCCUAUGAACCGCUGGUAAAGGGAAUAGAGGAGGAAAAGAAUAUGAAUUUCAUGGUUUUCAUUUUUGGGAUAUACUUCGUCAUGGGAUAUGGAGAAUGGAUGCAAAACGAUGACGAACUGUGUGGGGCGGGAUGGAAAUCAUACGGCGAUCAGUGCUACCGCAUCCAAGUGGCCGAGAAGUCCUGGGAGGAAUCUCGUGACGACUGCGCAGCUACGCAAUCAGAAUUGAUCAAGAUAACCGACCAAUCAGAGCUCGACUUUGUGUACCACACGUUUGUCCGUCCUUUGCAUGGACCAAGCGCUUGGAUUGGCUUGUCAAAGGUCGACGGUAGUUUUCGGUGGACUGAUAACUGCAAUCUGACGUUUAGAAACUGGAAUUCAGGCGAGCCAAACAACUACGAAGGCCAAGAGAAGUGCGUGGAGCUGUACGUGAGGAGUGGUCUAUGGAAUGACGUCAAAUGCAGCAACCUAAGGCCAUCCAUAUGCAAGAGAGGCUACACCUUGCGCUCCCCACAAAGUAUGAUCGCAAGCAUAUCAAGUUUGGACUUUGCACUCCAUGGCCACGUGACGAGCACGCAGCUCGUGAGUGAUCUGAUGGAGUGUUUCACGUGGUGCCUGGGCGAUCCCGCGUGCUACUCGUUCAACUACGAGUAUCGAGGCAUGGCGGGAAAUAGAAGCUGUGAGCUCAACAAUUCCACCAGGACUGUGUCACGUGACUCGUUCACCAGCAGGGUUGGGUAUAUUUAUUACGACUAGACUAACGCGCAUCGGUCUCCCUGUGGUUAAAUGCAUAUUUAUUCUUUAUUCUUGUUUGAAAGCAAAAUUAAACAUACACAUCCAUAAGCCACACAUCCUGCUUUUACUUUGAAAAUGUAUAAACAGGCAAAAAAGUUAUAGAUGAGCGUGUUACGGGGAUGGGCUAGCCUCGGAUCGACUUGUACUGUUGUAGGCAUUGUACAAUUGUAGGCAUUGUACUCAACAAUGUAUUUUUAUUGUCGCUUUAGCUUGACUUGAAAUACCUCUCGCUCGAAAAAUGUCCUUAAAGCUACAUUUAAAGAUUCAAAGAAAACGUGUGAGCAAAAAUGUUAUGAAGGAAUUAAAACUAGCUAUUAUUAGGUAAAUCAAACACAAACAAUACCUUGUGCGGCUUCUGGGCUGCCUACAGCCACGGCAAUUUCGCAACUUCUAUAAAUGUGUAUGUUCCAAAAGCUGACCACCCAUGUAAUUUAGUCCAGGAGACUACAAUCAAGGGUUAUAAUAAACUGAUGAUGAUUAUUAUUAUCAUUAUUCAAUAGGCGACAUACACUUAGAAGUCUCGUGACUUUUUGAGUGGCAAAUAUAAACCAAAACACCGAAAGACUGUGCCCGUCACACCAGAGAUCAACGAAAAAAUAUGUCAAUGAAAAUAAACCCUUUCUGACGAAGAAAUUUCCUGCCUGAUUCAUAAGCUGUAUAAUUUGCUUUUUGUUUUUAUUAUAUUGGAGUUAAAAGCUACGAAUGAAAAAACGUACUACGGCUGAAAUAAGUGCUCUAGUGACUGCCUGUGCAGGUUGUUAGUAUCAAUAAAAGAAACAGUAAAAAAAAAAAAA